CUGACAGGUUAGAAGAAUAUGAAACAGAAAGACUUAUCAACUUUUUGCGGAAAGAUUUUGAAUUAAGUCAUAUAGAACUUAGUGAUGGCUUUUUUACGAGACUUGAGAGGGAAAAUAUUACCGGUCAUUUAUUUCUCAAGUUAACCAGACAGGAAUUUAGAGAAUUCGGAAUGGGAUUGAGGCCAGCAUUGGAGCUUGAGGACUACAUUAAGAAGCUGUGUGAAAACUCUUAUGAAAAUGCUUUCGCAGUUGAAAUAGAUACAAUGAAGCUAGUUAGUUUUUUUAGGAACGCUAUCAAGGAGAAAAAAGCACCUGAGUUCGAUAAUUUCGCUACAGAUAAACUCAAGCUAUGGAAAGUCGACAUUUCCCUUGAAGAAGAAAAUGAAAAACUUAACCUCGUUAAUACAAAAAUAAACGUUAAUAUCAAGGAAGAGCUUGGUGGUGUGGAACUACUUCCACUUUCGAAGAUUAGCAAACACUUCACCUCUCAGCCAGCCGACGAACAUAUACAUAUAAUUGUACAGCGCCCUAUUGAGACGAAAGAAGUUCACUGCACCGCAACGUAUGGGC